GACAGUCCAAAUGUCAUCAAAACUCUAACCACAACUCUUACAAAAUCCAAAAAAAAACAACAAAAUUUCAUAUAAAUCAGUUCCCGUUUAAUUUUUAUCUUUAAAAUUGUGCGAUGUAAUCGUAAAUUUAUUUUCUUGCUAAAUUACGGCGGAACAAUGAGCGCACGCGCAAUGUCACCAUCGCGUGUUGUUUUGACGUUUCUGAAGAAACAUGCUACAUUUCGGGACCUUUAACCGACACAAAAUAAGCUUUUAACCGACCGAACUAAGUUUAAGAUGAAUGAUAACGUGGAGAAAACACGGGACAUCGAUGAUCCUCGAUUUCGAACAACGCCCGCCCAGCAGGUGGCCGCAUCCUGCACCGGCGCCGUCAUAACCUCAUUUUUUGUUACCCCAUUGGACGUCGUAAAAAUACGCAUGCAAGCGCAAAAAAAGGCGAUGUCAAGAUGUUUUUUAUAUUGUAACGGGUUAAUGGAUCACAUUUGUGGGUGCGAACCUCAAAAGAAUUUAUGGUUUAAUAGACCGGGGCAGUUUAAUGGAACGAUGGAUGCUUUUGUUAAAAUUACAAAAUCGGAAGGCCUUUCAUCGUUGUGGAGCGGUUUAAGUCCGACUUUAGUAUUGGCAAUUCCCGCGACUGUAAUUUAUUUUGUAACUUACGAACAGUUAAGGUUAAAUUUGAAAGAUCGUCACAAUUUGAAUCGAAAUCAAAACUUAUCGAAAGAACAACCAAUGUGGAUUCCUUUAGUGGCAGGGGGAACCGCCCGUAUCAUUUCAGCAUCGUUAGUUAGCCCAUUGGAAUUAAUUCGAACAAAAAUGCAAUCAACUAGACUCUCUUAUUUUGAAAUUGGCGAGGCUCUCAAAGUUUUAAUAAAACAAGACGGAAUUUGGGGGCUUUGGAAAGGUGUCUUUGCUACUUUAUUAAGGGAUGUGCCGUUUUCGGCUAUGUAUUGGACGAGUUAUGAAGCGAUAAAGUCCUUUGGACCUGGUGUUCCUUCAUUUGGUUAUAGCUUUAUGGCCGGUGCAAUUUCUGGUUCUAUAGCUGCAACUUUAACAGUCCCUUUUGAUGUUGUGAAAACUCAUCAGCAAAUUGAAUUAGGUGAACGAGUUAUUAAUGGUGACUCAUUAAAACCGAAAUCAACUUGGCAAAUAAUUACUCAUUUAUAUCGAGAGUAUGGCUAUAGAGGUCUUGUAACAGGGUUAGCUCCAAGAUUGAUUAAAGUCGCCCCGGCUUGCGCGAUAAUGAUUGCCACAUUCGAACACAGUAAAAUAGCUUUCAACAGGUUAGCUAAUUCACAAUAUUUCAGUAAUUACGAAUCGUCAACAAUUUCUCCAAAAUCAACUUACCAAGUAACCAAAGAAUCAUCGACUUCGAUGACUUUGGAGAUAAGUAAAAGAUCGGGAUCUGAGGAGGUUUUGUAGUUUGUAAGAAAUAAUUGUUAAUAUUAUUUUUUGUGUUAGAUUAGAGGAAGAUGAUUGAGUUUUGUGAGGAAAUAAUUGAAAAAAAUAAUAAUAAUAGUCGGAUCUAAUUUGAUUUUCAAGUUGUAUAAAAGAGGAUGUGGAAGACAAUUUGAUGUAUAUAUUUUUAUUUAUUGUAAGUCAAUUGGGUAACAAUAAUACAAUCUUUUUUAAAUCUAAAUAAGUUAGUUAUUAUAGUUUUAAUAUAAGAAUUGUCACAACCAAUAUUGUACCACUACCGUGUUGAGAAUCAUUUGGAUAUGAAUUCUUGCACAAAACUUAAAUAAUAAUUAAUAUAAUAAAAUAAUUUAAGA